UGCUGCUGCUGCUGGAUGCUGUACGGUGCAGCAGCUCGGAUCCAGUUGAGGAUUUCAGGAUGGAAACGUGAGGAUGGAAAUGCUACUGGAACCCCGUAUUCUCGUUUUGAUAGCCCAGAAGAACAUCAGUGUUCUCUUGUGAUGCUUAUUUGAUCCAUUUGCUUUACUCCAUAGAGAAACGCUCCCGCCGGUCGAAGACGCUCCUGAAAGGAUUUUAUUGAUACGCAUCUCUCCAGAUCAGGUGCGCCGGCGUCUCCUUAACUUACCUGGGAUGAUGAUGAUUUCUGCUCAUUUCUGACUGUGAGCGGCAGCGCACAGAGGGGGGGAUGUGGAUUUCAAUUUCAAAGUUUGGGUCUUCUCUUGCUGUGGGUUUCUGAGAGAGGGGGGCAUGGCUUAUGCUGAUUGGAGAUGCACGCGCCUUGUUUAACCGACUUAAUUCUGGAUGGAUGCUGUCGCUGUGAUCGCGGCUCUUCUGGCAGAUGAGUGUGCAUUUGAAUUCUCACUGUGGGAACCUAUCGCGUUCACAGCUCGCUGUGUUGUGUUUUCCGCCGGGACUGUGGUCCUGUCUCGCGGAAAGUUUGUGACUGGGACGCGGCGGAACAUGAAGGCAGCGCAUAGUGGAUCUCUGUGAGCUCUGUGAAUUUCCUUCCGCACGUGGUUUCAACAUAGCGUGUCAUUUGCUAAUGGAUUUACAGUUCGAGGGUUCAUGAAGAAUGUGUUUCCGAAGUGGAUAUUCCUCCACGGGCUGGAGGGGAGAGCAGCGGACACUUCCUGGAACCACAGGUGUUCUAUACAAACAGUGACGCCAAAACCCAAAAUGCCGAGUUGUGGGUAGAGAGCCGACCUGCAUCUACCUCCCUGCAACCCCUCUCCUCGUCAUUUCCUCGUUCCCGUUUCCCUGCUUUCUUUUGGCAUCCUUUUGUCAACGCUUUUACUCCCUUUUAUUAAUACUUGUUUUAUUUUAAUCUCUAAGUUGAUCCGUUUUCAGCUCCAUCACUAUUCUCACACCUGCUGCCCACCUCGUUUUAUUGUGAACCUCCACCCUAUUCUCCUCUCUUCCCUCCCCAGACCCACCACCUCCUCCUUUUCCUCCCCCUACAGCACACAUGCAGGCCAAGAAGAGGUACCUGCUUGUGUCUGUGGGGGCCGGUCUUCUCUUCCUCAUAUAUCUGUGGGGUCUGCAAAUUGGGGAGUUCCAACAGCAGCCAUACCAGUAUCAUCAGUUUCCCCAGUACCCCCUGUAUCAUCAGUACCACCAACAAGAAUACCAGUACUACCGCCAAAGUAAGGAAGUGUACUACCAGCCCCAGCCAUUGCCCCAGAGAAAUCCAUCCAGACCACCCAGACACUGGCCGGAGUCGACCAAGCUGCUGGAGCCGUAUUUGGAGGGAGGAGAGCAGGAGGAGGACACCCCUCAGCUCCAUCAUCAGCACACCUCCCCUCGUGAACGACGGGCGAUCCGUGACAACAUCUACAAGAACAAGCGCUGCCGCAUGGAAACCUGCUUUGACUUUGCUCGCUGCCAGUCGGGAUUCAAGGUUUACAUCUACCCUCAACAGAGAGGCAGCGAGAUCUCAGAGACCUACAAGAAGAUCUUGACCUCCAUUGAAGAGUCCCGGUUCCACACCACAGACCCUUUGAGGGCCUGUCUCUUUAUUUUAGCUGUGGACACAUUGGACAGGGACCAGCUCUCAGUGCAGUACGUCCAAAACAUUAGAUCGCGUAUCCAGAACCUGCCCACGUGGAACGAUGGCAGGAAUCACCUCAUAUUCAACCUUUACUCUGGGACUUGGCCGGACUACACUGAGGAUUUGGGCUUUGAGGAUCAUCCGCUAAAAGGAGGGGGCAUAGGUUAUCUGACACUUAACGAUGCACCACCUUCCAGGAAGUACCAGCUGGUUUUCAAAGGGAAAAGGUACUUAACUGGUAUAGGUUCGGAGACCAGGAAUGCUUUGUAUCACAUCCACAAUGGGGAAGAUAUUAUUCUGCUGACGACAUGUAAACAUGGCAAAGACUGGGAGAAACAUAAGGACUCACGCUGUGACAGAGAUAAUGAAGACUACUCAAAGAUCAGAGCUGAGAGGAGGAAUAGGAGAUCAAAAGAGAUUAAGAGGAACAGAACGGGAGCUGGAGAGAGUUUAACAAAGUGA